AUGAGGCGCGCUUCAGAGCCGACAGAUGCGGGAUCCACGUCAGCUUUGCGAUCGGCGCGCUCUGUCACCUUCAACCAGACUCCUCGCGGCUCAUCGGAAGUGCCGCGCAGCAGCAACCGGUACCGGCACCCCAGCGACUCGGGCCGGGAUGAUCCGUCCAGCUUGCUCAAGGACUUCGACUCCAAGCUUCAAUCAAUCCAGGAUGUGCUCAACAGAUACCAGUCGGAGAAGUCCACGCAGGCGCGGGGAGGUGUCCUAGGGAGCUCGGGGUCAGGGUUGAGCGUGUCGGGCAAUAAUGCCGGAGGCGGAGCCGGGGGCUCAUCGGGCAGCGAUCACCACCACGGCCACCAUGGCUACCAUGACCGACCUGCUUCGGGUUCCAGCUCGGCCCCUGGCUCUGCGCGGAGGUGGCAGCAGCAGCACCACCACCACCAGAAGCUGCAGCAGCAGCAGCCGCUUGACCCUGGGGCCAUCAUGGACGAGGAGGUCUUUGUGCGGCACGUGCUGGCUACCCCCCGGCGUGUCAAGUCCGCAGUCCCGGGGGUCCCCCGCGCCCUGUCCGCCCGCAUCGAGUACUACCGCAGCCACAGAGACAAGGCGCAGGAGAAGGCUGAGAAGGCGCGCGGGGAGCAGCUGGCGGCGCAGCGCGAGGCGAUGGCCAACGGCACGGCCCCAGGCACCUCGCCCAUCAAUUUCAUCGAGGCCAACCGCCGCAGCAUCGUGCCGUACGCCCUGCCGCCCAGCAUCCAAAUGACCAUAGAUUCCAUUCGCGAUCAGGGUUUAACCAGUUUGGCGGCGUGCACCACCCGCCGCAGCCGCCACGGCACCGCCAGCUGUACGAGCUCCGGAACUGGCGCCGUACCGGAGAUAAACCGCUCGUCCAGGCCCUGGUCAGGGAUGUCGAACACGACGCUAUCGUCCGCGCGCGGCGCCGCCGCUGGGCCGUACUCACUCACCGUCAGUCCCGUCAGCACUCCCGCCGCCCAUGCAACCCGCGGGCUUGCGAUGGCGGCGACGGGAGCUGGCGGCGGCGGGGGCGGCACAUUCGCAGGUCUUUCCCGUCCCGGCACUGCCACCAGCGUCAGCAGCUCACAGUACGGCACGUACUCCUACGGCGUCAGCGGCGGCGCCCUGAUGCGUGCGAGCACCAACUCAGCCGGGGCUGGCGGUGCUCCUGGGCCGGGGGUUGAGGCGGGCAGUGUGUAUAGCGGCGGCGGCACCGGCACGAGCGUGGACGGUAGGCGGCUGCGAUUGGCGCUGACGGCGAGGCCUGCGAGCGGGGGCUCCCCCACCCGACGAGUGGAGUUCAUCGCGGAGCAGUCGGGCCGGCGAGUGGAGAGAGCCCUGUACGCGGCGGAGGUGCGGGAGCGGGCGGUCGCACUGGAUGUGGAGCGGCGGCGCAACAUCGUGGCGGCCUCGGAGCAGCGGGCGGCGCUGCGGCGGGAGGAGGAGGCGAGGCUGGCGGCGGCGAGGGCGCUGGCAGAGCGACAAGAAAGGCAGCGGCAAUGGACGGGGAUUGUGGGGCUGUGCUCCAAGAUCUCCUUCGUCGCGGAGAGGAUCAUGGAGGACCGGCGGAUCAGGGCUCUCCGGGCGCUAAGGAAGGCGGCGGCGAUGAAGAUUGCCUCCUGGUACAAGGGCAUCCUGCUGAGGCGGCGUCAGGUGGAGCUGGUGUCCUUGAUUCGGCGACUGAAGGGGCUGCUCAAACCGUAUCUCGCCGUACAGAGGGAGCUGGUACGGCAGAGAUGCACGGCUCGUAUCGUGUCCUUUCUGCAGUACACUCAGACCUCCAACAUGGCGGUGGUGGGGGUGAGGCGGCUAAAGGCGGAGGUGGAGGUGCUGCAGACCGCUUGGCGCAAUGCGCUGCUGGUUCGCAACACCCAGCGACAGAUCUUGUACAACCAGCUCACCCGGCUGGAGAGGGACAUCGUGUGCACCAACAAGCGGAUCGAAAGGACUUAUGCGGGCCAGAUGUUCCGGUUGGGGAAGUCCGUCAACAUUCUGGAACCCGACGGUGCGGUACCGCCCUCCGCCGCCGCCGCCGCCGGUGGUGGUGGUGGUGGUGGUAUUGCAGGCCGCUCCUUUAAAAGCUUGGGUGCAAGCAGCGCCAGGUCUCAUGGCCCACCCCAACAGCAGCAGCAGCAGGCGGGGGGAACCCUCACCAUCUCCGAUGCGAUGUCGGUUGUUCCCGCGGCCACGGACGCCGGAGCAGGUACAAGUGCACGCGGCAAGUACGACAGGAUGCGUCAGCCUUACCGGGGCGUGUUGGUCCACGAGGGGCUGUUGGAGGAGGAGGACGAGGUGCUGCGAAGCCACCUGGAGAUGGUGCCCAGGGAGGUUCGCGAGCAGGUGGUCAAUGCCUUCCUGCUCGAGGCCCGUCGCGAGCACCGCAAGCUGCUGGAGCAGUACAGCAAUGAGAAGAUGUUGUACCUGGCGAGGAGACCAAUUGAGGAGCUGAGACAGAAGAUGCUUCGAGAUGCGGGUGGGGGCGCUGGUGGUGGGGGUCUGACGAUGGAGCCAGAUGUCAAGCCCCCCGUCAUGCCCCACAUGCGCCUCGUCUACCCCCGGCCCAAGCUGAAGGAGCUUCUCCGCCGCGCAGUGGAAAUCAACCAGGCACGUCUGGCGGCGGCGGAGGAGCGCCGGCAGCAGGAAGCGGCGGAGGUGGCGGCGGGCGGCGGACGCAGCACCCACUGGCUGGCGGAGCACCGCCACGGAGGUGGUGGCGGAGGCGGCGGCGGAGUCUUGUGGGCGGAUUUGCACGGUGGUGGCGGAGGAGGAGGGGGUGCGCACGGCGGCGGUGGGGGUGCGGGCCUCUCACGUGCCAAUACCGUCCGCCGGACCUUCUCCAGGACGUCGCACCGGGGCACGUCACACCGGUCGUUGAAGGUGCCGCCGCCGCCGCCGCCCCCCACGACGCAGUAG